AUGACGGUGUCAAACAGUGGUAUGGCGAUGCCGACAAUGCCGCCGAAGAUCGACUUUUCCGAGGCGAUUCAGGUAAUUUCGUUAAAGUCUUGCUUUUAAAAUUUCUAAAAAAUUCCAGGAUUCUCCACGAUUCCGGGCGGCUCUUGCCCAACAUGCCGCAUACUUUAAUCGACUUGAAAAUCGAUUAAACGAGGUAAAAACAUAUUUUUUUGAGGAAAAUGUGAGUUUGACUUAAAAAGUCAAUUUUCAGAUGCUCCGUCACAUUACCGCCAUGAUUGACUUCAGUAAGAAUUAUGUGAACACUUUUUAGUAAGUUUAAACUGAUUUUCUGUUCAAAAAUUCGAAAAAUUUGCAGCAAACUAACGGUAUCGGUAAAUCAGUUGUGCGACGAGAGUUUUUCGGGCAAUCCGCUCGCCACCACCACUUUUUCGGCGCUUUCCGAGGCGUACGCCCACACGGUCAACCUCUACCGCACCUACUACGACCACUCGAACGUCGUUCUCUUCACCAAAUUGUCGAAUUUCAUCAAAAAGUGAGCAGCUUUUUUGAUUUGAGGCUAAACUUUGGAGUUUGACACGAGAAAGUUUUGCAGUGAGCUGGCAAAAGUGGCAGAAUCGCGUGCGCACUUCGACAACAUGUCCCAAUCGAUGGACGAUGCACUCGUCAAAAAUGCGAGCAUUUCGAGACAGAAACCCGCCGACGCGGCCGACGGACGCAAUGCUCUCACUGCGGUAGGUCACUAAUUAAAGAAGUAAAACUCACAUUUCCCUCUGCAAAAUUCCAAAAAAAAAAAAUGCGUUUCGCUGCAGUUCCAAUUGAUUCGGUCAACAAAGUGUGGCGAAAAGCGAAAAAGAGCACUCGAAAUGCGGAAAUUGCAGAGAGAAAAAGAGUAAAGAAUAGGCAUUUACUUUACAGGUCGGCGCGUGUUUUGCCCACACAACUCUCGACUACGUGGCACACAUUAAUAUUGCACAUGCGCACAAGGAUCACAUGAUUUUGGACGCGGUACGCCAAGAAUCUUGGUGUCGUGCACUAGAAACGUGACAUGAUUUUAAAGUAAAGUUCAAAGUGGAGUAUUUAUGUUCUCAAAGUUCCGCGAUUAUCGAUUUUUCGUGCGGCACUCGCAUAGCUCGGUCUGAAGUCGGAUUCUGAUCUUUAUGGACGAGGAUACCGAAAUAAAAAUUCAAUUUUGGCGGCCGGGGGACUAGAAAACUCCACCCGUCGUUUACUUUUCGUAGUCGCCUUCGCUUUUUUUCCGAAUUUGGCACCUUGGGAACAUGAAUUCCCCACUUUGAACUUCUUUUUGAAAUCAUGUUACUUUUUGAGUGCACGGCACCUUCAAACCAAUUCAAUUCGAUUUGCAGCUGUGGACACUUGUGCGUGAGUCGUCGGCGUUCUUCUCGAAGGGACACGCGACGUUCGACGAGUGGACGGCCGUGGACAACGGCUCCGUCGCCGACACCAUCCAGACGUUCGCCGCCAAAUCAAAGCUGAUCGAGAGGAAGAUGCAGGACGUGCACUCCCUUGUGCCCAAGGUGUGUUCCGAGCGUACCGCGGCAUUUCGUGGCUCCUCUCGUUUCGCAACUUAUUCCGCAACCAGCGUGUAACAGAUGUUUCAUGCGAAAAUCAAGGCCUGGCCAGAUAAUCAUGGCCGAGCCGUGCUGUGUGAAGAUUUCAAGCCAGACUUGGAUGUCAGAGCCAUGCUGAGCGGAGCCGGUUGCGAAACGUUAGAGUUGAUGCGAUUGUUGAUCUUGUUUCGAGCCGAGACGUUCGGGACGUUUCUGAAAAUAAGCAAAUGGUUGGUCAGGUUUUUCAAAAGUACGGUUGCCAAAAACUGUCAUGUGCUUGUGAAAACCACAGAAUUUGCUAUCGUUUCGCCGAAUCGGAGACUUUAUAAUAGUGCCUUUUCCACGACUAUCAAAAGUAGGAACAAGGAAAUCUAUUCAAUUUUUCAUUUCUGGAGCAAAUCUGAUAGUUUCAGGCCCAAAAUUGUAGAUUUGAUAAAUCUAUGCUCGUGCAUACAAAAAUCGUGUCAUUUCCGACAAAAAUCAUGAAAAGUAGGCCUGAAAUUUGAAUUCGCGCCGAAAUUGUGAUAAACUAGUUGGACGAUCCAAAGAUGAAAAUGAUGACUCAUUUCUGCCUCUUUUAUGCCCUGACGUAUCAUUCUGCCUCUAAACAGAUUGAAGAUCACGGAAACGGUGGCUUCUUUGCAAAUUUUCCGCGUUUCCCGGUCGAUGCACCAUGUGGAACAAUGAUUUCUGACGCAUUUCCAGUGCGCUGACGCCCUUUCGAAUAGCUGAAACUCUUGAACAAACAGAGGACGAAAGACCGGGCGAUAAAUGUUUUCCGCCUAUCGUUUUGUGCGGAAAAAAGGCAUGUGAACAUGGAAAAUUUUCCGACUUUCCCCCGAUUUCACUGAUUUUCUGCCUUUCUCUGCGUCUCCGUCCGCCUUUUUUCGGUCAAUUCAUCAUAUAAUUGUUGUAACGUCGCCUAUUUUUCCGACUUCCCACAAAAAAGAAACGCAAAAACUCUGCUCCAAUUUUCUUUUGACUCUUUGCAUAACAAUCGAAAUUCCAGUCGAAAUUUGCCUAAAACCCACCCCAUUUUCGGCCUAUUCACAUGACUUUUUCGACUGAAAAUGAUCCAGUUUUUGGCUGGAAAAAUGGACAAUUUCAUAACCCCUUUUUACCCUCCUUUGUGUCGGCGCCGUGAUGAUUCACAAAAGAAACCGAAAGAAAAGUGCGUCUUAGACAGUUUUUAUCGAUAAAGUUUUGUGUGAUUAUGUGAAAAUCGAUAAACAUCCAUUUAUGAAGCGUUAGGCCUGAGUCGCUAGGAUUUUGCUCUCUCUGGACCCAAUUUGGGGCCUUGAUCCGACCAGGGACCGCGGAGCCGGACCUGAUAUCCAUUUUGGGUAUCAGUGUCAGAGUAGUCAACAUGUAGAGUUUCGCGGACAUUGCCUCUUAAUAUUGUCGUAAUGUGCACAUUUUAGUGAUAAGAUAAUGACGGAAAAUUAGUCAUUGCGCUCUGUUCCGAUGCUCAGACACAAUUUCAGCAUGUUCUCCUGCAAAAUUAGCAAAUUCGAAAAAAAAGCUUGUUGACACAGGUGUCAGUGAAAGUCCCCGCAGAAAUUGCCUUGUUAUCUCAUGAUCUCUCAUUUUCCCGCUAAAAAAUAACUUUCCUCAAUUGCCCGUCUCUUUUUCUAGUCGCCGAAUGUAAAAUGUCGACGAUAACUGCCACGUCAUCCAAUUCUUCAUCAAUAACUCACCACCGGACCGUUUCGGAACUCAUCACAUUUUUCACGUAUCAAGAAGAGGAUGCCGAUCCGGUCGAUGCGCCAUAUGAACCAUUUCGACGCGCCACAAAAGAGUACAAUAGCGGAAUACGGACGUCGAGAGUAAUAUCGAGAACGUUGACGAUAAGCACGGAAAUGAAAGAGAGAAUCGAUCGGAUCGAGCAGGAACGACGGGAGGAACGAAUUCGAGCGGAGAGGGAACGGAUUCGCAAUGCACAAUAUCAGAACGGAAUGGAAAUGCAGAAGAUGACGAGCCAAUCGAAGCGAGAACGGAUGAGAAAAGCGGCGAAACGAACGAAAGGACGCAUUUCCAGCAUUCUGAGGGAUUCCGUCCAUUUGGGAGGCACUUCUUAUUCUCCAGAAUCACCGAAAAAGUAUGGACGUGGAUGCUCGAUGGAAUUGACGCCCUCGCAAAAUGGACAGAAAAAAGGAUCAGGAAAUGCGGAUUACAGCAGAUUGUCCGCAUCGCUCUCUGAUUCGAGACUGUUGGACAGAGGCGCAAAUGUUCGUGAAAAUAAGAGAUUUUGGAACAAAUAACCUGACCUUCACCUGACCAACCAUUGAACAACCCCUGAAAAGAACAGAAUUGUUGUCAACAAAAAGAUUGCAGGAAAUGUUCCAACACCCGCCGGGAAUGCCGAACGAACCGGACGUCAUGAUGGAGGGAUAUCUGAUGAAGCAGGCCUCGAACGCGUUCAAACGCUGGAAUCGGCGCUGGUUUCAGAUCAAGGACAACAAAUUGGUAGGUCAAAUUGAGAGAGUUUUCGCGCCUGUGUCGCCCCCAGACUUGUGUUUUAUAAGCCAUGUUACCGGAAAUUUUUCACAUUUUCUCCAGAAAAUCAGUGUUUUUUGCAGCUGUACUCGCACCGAUCGAACGAGACGGAACCGCCGACGGUGAUGGAGGAGAACCUGCGGCUGUGCCUGGUACGCCCGGCGCCGGCGAGUGUCGACCGGCUCGGCUGCUUCGAACUCGUCACUCCGACCCGCUGCCACCUGCUGCAGGCCGACUCGGAGUCCCUUUGCAACGACUGGAUGCGCGCCCUCCAGAGGACCAUUAUGGACCUGCACGAGAGCGAUUCCUUGGUGAGACUGGCUAGUUUUUUGAUCGUUUUGACCGUUCAUGUUUUUCACGAAAAAAGCGGACAAUAGCUGAGGUUUUCUAAAAACGCACAUCCGUGCAGCUUUGAUCGUCCUGAAAAUGAUGAAUGUAUUGCAGAACGAUGCGUCGCCGAGCCCACGCAACAAGUCGGUUUCGGCCUCCUCGGGCGCCGCGAACAACUCCUCGUCGGCCCUGAAUCCCGCGGAUUUCGACAUUGCCAAAGGAAGAUCCGUGUCUGAUCCGGCGGCUGCUGGUGAGAUUUUUACGCCUUUUAGACGCAAACUGAUGGAAAAUGUUCGUAA